AGAUGACCAACGAAGAACCUCUUCCCAAAAAGGUUCGACUGAGUGAAACAGACUUCAAAGUUAUGGCACGAGAUGAAUUGAUUUUAAGAUGGAAGCAGUAUGAAGCCUAUGUACAAGCUUUGGAGGGAAAGUACACAGAUCUGAACUCUAAUGAUGUGACUGGCUUAAGAGAGUCUGAAGAAAAACUAAAGCAACAACAGCAAGAAUCCGCACGCAGGGAAAACAUCCUUGUCAUGAGACUAGCAACCAAGGAACAAGAGAUGCAAGAGUGUACUACUCAAAUCCAGUACCUCAAGCAAGUUCAGCAGCCUACCGUUGCCCAACUGAGAUCCACCAUGGUAGACCCAGCGAUCAACUUGUUUUUCCUAAAAAUGAAAGGUGAACUGGAACAGACUAAAGACAAACUGGAACAAGCCCAAAAUGAACUGAGUGCCUGGAAGUUUACGCCUGAUAGCCAAACAGGCAAAAAGUUAAUGGCGAAGUGUCGCAUGCUUAUCCAGGAGAAUCAAGAGCUUGGAAGGCAACUGUCCCAGGGACGGAUUGCACAGCUUGAAGCAGAGUUGGCUCUACAGAAGAAAUAUAGUGAGGAGCUUAAAAGCAGUCAGGAUGAACUAAAUGACUUCAUCAUCCAACUUGAUGAAGAAGUGGAGGGAAUGCAGAGCACCAUUCUAGUUCUUCAACAGCAGCUGAAGGAGACGCGCCAGCAGCUGGCUCAGUACCAACAGCAGCAGUCUCAAGCCUCCGGCCCAGGUACCAGCAGGACUACAUCUUCAGAGCCUGUGGAGCAGGCAGAGGCCACUGGUAAAGACUGCAGUCGCCUGGCUAACGGACCAAGUAACGGCAGCUCCUCCCAUCAGAGGACGUCUGGGUCUGGAUUUCAUAGGGAGGGGAACACAGCUGAAGACGGCUUUCCUUCUUCUCCGGGGAAUGGGAAUAAGGUCUCCAACAGCUCUGACGAGAGAACUGGCAGAGGAGGUAGUAGUUACGUAAAUCAACUCAGUGCGGGGUAUGAAAGUGUAGACUCUCCCACGGGCAGUGAAAACUCUCUCACACACCACUCAAAUGAUACAGACUCCAAUCCUGACCCUCAAGAGGAGAAAGCCGUGAGCGGGAAAGGUAACCGAACUGCGGGUUCCCGCCAUGUUCAGAAUGGCUUGGACUCAGGUGUCAGUGUACAGGGUUCAGUUUUGUAAUAUUUCUUUUCCAGCAAAUUUUUAUACAGUGUCAUUUAAUUUGAGGAAGGAUACUGUCCAGAAAAUUAAUGCAUACUUUUGUCACAAUUUGCCUUUUUUGUGGGUGUGUUUUUUGUUAUUGUUUUCUUUUUUUUUUUUUCUUCUUGCUUCAAUACCUCUGCCACUUUGGAAAUUGUAACAGUUAAUUACUUUGAAUGUUGCUAAAAGAACAUUUUGUGUAGGGUCAAGUUAUUUUUAUAUGAGUUAAUGUGAAGUUGUAAAUGGAAAUCUUUCUUAAACUAUAACACAAUGAUGUCUGUAUAAAUCUGUGUAGCUCUAGAACCUGUGCUGUGUAAAGGCAUUCUGACUCAUGCUGUAUACUUCGCAACAGUCAGACUCCUUAUAGUAGAUGUGGUUGAUGACUGCCAAGUUUGCCCAGUACAGUAGUUUUAUCACUAAAAGUUGGACUUGUUGAUGGAGUCCUAUAGUAGUUUCAGUGUUAGAUACAGUUUUUUCCACCAUACAUCUGUGCAUUUGCUCUUUAAAUGACUGAAUGUUUAAGAAAUUGUGUGCAUAGUUGCUCCGUUUUUAUGAACUGUUGUAUCCUGUUAAUGCACAUUGCUCUGUGACUCCAGUAUAUCUUACCUGUACUGACCAAACCUAAAUAAAGACUUUUAUGGUAACUUCUU